AUGAACAACAAUCAUCAACACCAAAGGAUGAAUGAACAUGUUCAUCAUCAUCAUUACCCUUCACACCACAGUGGUCCUAUCUUUCAUCACACAACAAGUACACUCACUCUUCACUCACAACCAACCUCAGUAGAGACAAGUGCAGACACACCCACCAACAUUGAUCAAAACAAGAAUAAUGCAUCAACAACAACUCCAACAAUAUCUAAACAAGAAGCAGUGUGCUCUUCUUCUUCGCCAAUACCAACCGCUACUGCUGCUGCUUCAAUACCUACUACUCAAGUUCCUGCUGUAACAGUGACAACCCAAAUGAGCCAAAACAACAUGCAAGUCAGUCCUCAAUGCUCUACCUCUUCCACCCACCCAUUCUCAUCUCUAACACCACAAUCACUUGAUUAUAAAUUUUCUCAACUCGAUGACUACAUUCAAUAUGCUCAAGUCACACAUUUACCUUAUUUGUAUAAUCAAUUAAUCAAUGCCACCCUCAAAUCUAAGAAAUAUUCAAGUAAAGGAAAUGUAACAAGUGUCAAAGAUCACACAACAUCAUCAUCGUUGAAUCCAUCCCAAGAAGAAUUGUUGAUCAUGACAUUACAGAAAAGUGGUUUGGGUGGAUUAGGUAGUAGUAGUGACAUUUCCACCUCUUCUACCACCACCACCACCACCACCUCACAUCCAUUUCAUCCUAUGGACAUCUCUCAUCAUCAUCCGAAUCAUGGAAAUAACAACAACAUUCAACAACAACAACAACACUCUUCACAUCAUCAUUCUCAUCAUCAUUCACAUCAUCAUUCUCAUCAUCACUCCCAUCAUCAUCAUCACUCCUCCUCUCUACUCUCUCCCUUCUCCUAUCGAUAUCAAUUAAUCACACAUCUCAUUCAUAAGGAAUAUACACUCUAUGUCAAAUAUCUUCAAAGUAUAUACUUGUCAUGUAGGGAUAUCAAACAGUGUAUUGCAUUUCGUAAACUCUUAUUCAUGUAUUUAAAGAUAUUUCAAACUAUUCAUGAGAAUUGUAUUAUCAAGAAAACAUCAAGAGAUAUUUGUAAGAAUUUGAUGAAUGUGCAUGAUCAUCAUCGUCAUCACAAACAACAAGUUGGGUUGAAUCCUCAAUCACAAGAAGUAUCACAAGAAGAACCACUUGCCCAACUCUCUUGUCUUCAACAUGUACAUCAUGUGAUUCAUCUUCUCCUUGAAUCAAGUUCAGAAUUUCAAAGAGAAAGUACUCACAUUCUCAAUGCAAUCAUUCAAUUCUUAAAUUAUCAAUUAUUAAGGAGAGAGGAGGAAAAUCAUUUAAAAACUCAUCACAAGUAUCAUUAUUAUUUUGUAGAUCGAUAUACACAUUAUUUACAUGAUAUUAGAAGUAUCAUUCUUAGAGAUUCAUUGUUAAAGACAAUUCAUGAAGAAUUAUCUUUCUAUAUUUGUAAGGAUAGGGAUCGAAUACAACAAUUAUUAUUGACAUUGGGUAGAGAGGAGGAUCAGAGAGCAAAAGGUGGUACUGCUGGUGGUGUUCAUCCAAGUACUAGUAGUCAAUUUGACAAUACUGAUUUUCUAUUCAGUGUGAUUGACAUGUUGCAAGUAUUCAAAUUAUACAUUAACAAACCUCACUUGUUGAAUCUCAGUAUGGAAGUGACUAAUUUAGAAAUUGUGUUGGAAAUUUACGGUAAACUAUUAUUGGAAUGCAAUACCCUAUCUCAAUUGAAUGAAAGUGAAAAACUACUCCACCAACUUGGUGAUUGUUUGAUGAAUAUCACCAAUCCAAUGACCUUUGUUCCUCAUUAUCAUCCUCAUACGACGAGUAGUACUAGUAGAACGAUGAUGAAUCAAAGAGGAGAUAGUCUGUUCUCUCCAUCCAUCAUUCCUUCCACUACACUGACAGUGACCACAAUGACUAUGAGCAAUAACAAGAACAUCCAUAACACCACCCAUAACACCACAACCAACAUUCCAUCAUCACCAACUCUUCUAACCAUGAGUAUGACUCACUCUCCUCAUUCCUCUUCCUCCUCUUCUAAGAAAUUAUCCUUCUUUAAAAAACCAAUCUCAAUCAUCAAAUCAAAAACCUCUCCUCAAACAGGAAUUGUGAAUCAUCCAAACAACACUCGUGGUGGUGGUCAGACUGGUGGUGGUAUGGAAGCUCAUCACUUGACCAGAAUCAUCUCAGAAGAGAUCACACCAAAUAGCACUAGUACUAAUAUUGUUGUUGGUAAUCGUGAUGAUGGUCAUGAUGAUUCACAACAAGAGUCAUUGCCAGCAGUAGUGCCACCUGCAAUCACUACUCGUAUGGAUUGUAACAAUAACAACAACAACCAUCACUUGAAUUCAAUCAUUCCUUCAACAACACCAACAACACCAACAACACCAAUAUCAUCACCAACAACACCACCACCACUUGAGACUCCUCCUCCAGUCGUGUUGUCAACAUUCAUUUCGUUUCCAUCAACACCUCAAUUUCACCUUCCAAAGAAAAAUCGAUUGACACGAAGAAUUCUCAAUACAGCAAGAAAAUUACCAAGAAUGAUUCAAAGAAUGGUAAAAAGUCCACGUUUGAAUACAACUACGACUGAGGCAAUGAAUCCAGUCAUUCAUGUUGGAGUCAUGCCCAAUCGGUCCCAUCAUGAUGAUCAGCAUGCUAUGACCAAAGAAGAAUUAAUCAUCGAUUCACAUCAUGCUGUUGUCAACAACACGACUCAAUAA